AUGUGCUCCAAGUGCUACCGCGACCACCUCAAGGCCACCGACAUGGUUGCCCCCGCCGUCGAGGGGAAGACGACGGUCAAGGCCGACGACGUGGCCAACCUCGCCUUCAACCUCAAGACGUCGCUGAGCCUGCAGGAUCACUCUGCAGCUGGUGCUGCCAAGGGGCCGGCCGCCGAGACACCGGCGAAGAAGCCGACCAGGUGCAUGGCGUGCAAGAAGAAGGUGGGACUGCUGGGGUUCGCGUGCCGGUGCGGCGGCACCUUCUGCUCGCUGCACCGCUACGUGGACGGGCAUGCGUGCGACUUCGACUACAAGAAGGCCGGCCGUGAGAAGAUCGCGCAGCAGAACCCUCUCGUUGUGGCACCCAAGAUCCAGAACAAGAUUUGA